GCUCCCGUGCUUUCUUCGUUGCUCUCUCCCGCCAUUGAGGCCUAAACUGCAAGCAGAAACAGCAAAUAAAACUCACUGUGAAAAUGUCUGACGAAGGAAGGAAGUUAUAUAUUGGUGGGCUGUCUUGGAGUUACACUGACGAUGAUCUAAGAGCUCUUUGUGAAAAGUAUGGUCAAAUAGAAGAUGUUUUUAUAGUUACUGAACGGUUGGAAAAUGGAAGGAGAAGAUCAAAGGGAUUUGGAUUUGCAAUCUUUUCCUCACCAGAAGAGGCUAAUGAAUGCCAACAGGCUUUGGACAAAAGAGAAAUGGAUGGAAGAAAUUUAUCUGUUCAAAUAGCAGGACCAAAGAAAGAUGGUGAUGGUAGAAGAGGGGGAAGAGGUGGUGGAAGAGGAUUUGGGGGUAGAGGGAGAGGUUUUGGAAGCCCAAGAGGUGGUGGUGGCCCAAGAGGAGGUGGUAGCUUUAGAGGUAUGGGAGGCCCAAGAGGUGGUGGUGGUCCCAGAGGUGGAGGUGGACCUCCCAGAGGUAUGGGUGGUCCCCCAAGGGGUGCUGGUGGUCCUCCAAGGGGCAAUGGUGGCCCAAUGAGAGGUGGUGGUCCACCUAGAGGUGGUGGUGGCCCAAGGGGAGGUGGGCCAAGGGGUGGUAGAGGAGGAUAUGGUGGUAGUGGUGGCUAUGGAAGUGAAGGAGGGUAUAGCAGUGGAGGUGGCAGAGGCUAUGGCGAUGAUAGUGGAGGAUAUGGUGGUGGAGAUGGAGGAUAUGGAGGUGAAAGGGAUUAUGGCAGAAGAGGUGGUGGAGGAGGUAGUAGGGGAAGCAGAAGCAGCUAUGGUGGUGAUGAUGGAUAUGGUGCUGGAAGUGGCGGAUACAGAGAAAGCAGUUACAAUGCUGGUAGCGGCAAUGAUGAUAACUAUGGAAGUAGAGAUUAUGGAAGCACUGAGAGAUAUGGUGGUGGCUAUAAUGGUAGCAGUGGUGACACCAGUAGAGGAUAUAGAAGUGGAAACAGUGGAGGGUACUCUGGUGGGGAUAAUGGAAGUUAUGGAAAUGGCCAAUAUGGAGGUGGUGGAGGAUAUGAUUCAACUAGUGGCAAUUAUGGUAGUUCAUAUGGUGGAGGAUAUUAAACACAGACAUCCAGGGAGAAGGCAUACAUGGUUCGGCAACUGAGAAGUUGAAGUAUCCGCUUGUUCCACAUCAAGAUUGUGCGGCAUAAAGACUUUCAAGAUAUUCAACAAGAUUUCUUAGUUAAUCAAGAAAACAAACUGUACAUAAAUGCCAGUAUAAAAAUUUGUUAGGUGGCAUGAAUUGUUUUAUACAAAACAUUUCAUUGCAAAUUGCUGGCACUAGCUAUGUGAUGUCGCAUUAUGUCAGUCUUAAGUUUUAUGUCAGUCUUUUUUACAUGUAUAAUCGUGAAACGAAAACAAGUGCUCCGUCUUUAUUGUGCCUCUUGAAUUAUGACGAUAAAAACCUAAUUCUUCUGGUUUUAUUUUGUUACUUGCAACCUUCAAUGUCAAGAAAAUUCAUUGAAGGACAAAGCUUUAAAGAUUUUAAAUACUUCGUGAGGAUAUUCCAAACCCUAAACUACAUGUCACAAAGAAGUAACGUCUAUUAAAAAUGCUAUGGAAUUGAAUGUGUGGCAAUGAAAAAUAAAUCAAUGUAUUUUGUGGCACAUUUGUAGAAAUGUUUAUUAGUUGGAUCUGAUGUUUCAGAAAAAAUUUCAAAUUUAAAAAUGGGGUUUUGUUAAUAUAAAACUUAAGAAGCCACUUGUUUAACCGUUGAAAGGAAAGGCCAUUUCAUCUCUUGUACAAGAGCUUCUCUGAAGUAAUUUCUGGGAACCGCAUUUCGAAUCUGCAACUUGCAACAUACAUUAGAAAUGGGAGUUCGUCAUUGGUGCCGUCUUUGAGAGUGAUGUGACACUAUACGGAAGUUCUUUUCAGGAGGUAGGGUCAAUAUUGAAUUUCCUUCGGUUUUAGGGUUAAUAUCCUAAUUUGUCUCAAAGAAAUUGAAAUGGGCAAUUGAAGGUAUGCAAAUUGAAAUGAUUCCAAUUGAUGUUUGUGCUAUUGAGUUAAGAAUGGUCCAUAGAAUGGUCUUUGGCAUAAACUAUGUGUAUCCGAAUAAUGUUGCCAUCAGACAAGAUACAUUUAAGAAUGAUUCCGUCAGACAAUAUUAAGUUACUCUUUAUCAGGACCUAGUUUUUAUUGUUCUAUAUUUUCUCGUUCUAUUUGCAUUCUUAGUAUUUGUCUUUGUUGUAGCAUUGAAAAUUUGCUUUUGUUCUGAAUUGCAGAUUGAAUUGGAUAUGAAUUUAUCGUUUCCAAGAAUGCAGUUCAUAUAUGGUUGAUGCGGAGAAAG